GGUUCUUCAUUUCCGGGAGAAGCCCGUCUUGCCGGUAGCGGGCUGUGUGGGGGAGUUCGCUGCUGCUUUCUGGUCCGGUGGCUCGCUCCGGGAAAGCCAGGCAUGAAGAUCACGAGGCAGAAACACGCCAAGAAGCAUCUUGGCUUCUUCCGCAACAAUUUUGGGGUCCGCGAGCCGUACCAGAUCCUGCUGGACGGCACCUUCUGUCAGGCGGCUUUGCGGGGCCGCAUCCAGCUGCGGGAGCAGCUGCCCCGCUACCUCAUGGCGGAGACUCAGCUGUGCACCACCAGGUGUGUGUUAAAAGAGUUGGAAACAUUGGGAAAGGACUUAUAUGGGGCAAAGCUGAUUGCACAAAAAUGCCAGGUUCGAAACUGUCCCCAUUUCAAGAAUUCAGUGAGUGGAUCAGAAUGUCUGCUUUCCAUGGUUGAAGAUGGGAAUCCUCACCAUUAUUUUGUGGCAACACAGGAUCAGAAUUUGUCUAUGAAAGUAAAGAAAAAGCCCGGAAUUCCUCUCAUGUUCAUUAUUCAGAACACUAUAGUCUUGGACAAACCUUCUCCAAAAACAAUUGCAUUUGCUAAAGCAGUAGAGUCCGGUCAGCUUGUCUCAGGGCAAGAGAAACAAAGUAUCAAGCAGCUCAAAGAGGAACAGGGUUUAGUAAAAGACCCUGAACAGAGAAGAAAAAAAAAGCGCAAGAAAAUAAAUGGCCCUAAUCCUCUUAGCUGUUUGAAGAAAAAGAAAAAAACACAGGAUACAAACUCAUCUGCCUCUGAAAAGAAAAGAAAAAGAAAAAGAAUCCGAAAUAGAUCUACCUCAAAAGUACUUUCUGAAAAGCAGAAUGCAGAAGGAUAAUGAGUCCUUUGGAUACUUUUAAAGACAUGCAAAUAUGAAAAUGAAUUUCUUUUUGAAACUGUGGAAGUACUUACAUUAAAAGACUAAACUUAUUUUUGUAAAUGAAUAUUGACCCACAAGUGUUUGUAUAAAAUUAUUUGUAAAAAAAAAAAACAAAAAAACCAGAGUGGAUGGAUUUAGGUGUGAUCAUGUUCACUUUUCUGAGAGAAUUUGGAGGGUUUUUUUGUAAUGUAAAACUGUUGUCUCUUUCUGUCUUACUGCUGCCCCCCACCCUCCAACAUUAUAUGCAGAUAGUUUUAAAAAAUCGUAUAGUACCAAAACACUUGUGACAAAAAAGAGGUAAUCCCUUUUUCACAUUCACAGAGGAAAUUUUCUCUUUCAACUCAUGUAGUGGUUGUAGAAUUUACCUGUAUAUUUCCAAAUAAUAUGAAUCUGCUGCUACCUUUGGAUCUGCCCAUUAUUUAUUGACUUCCUACUAGAAAGAGUGGAAAUUUUGCUUACUUAUUUUACUCCACCAUUUUUCUAGUAUAUUAAUAUUUCAAUCUUUAUACAUCCCAAAUUUAGUAUUUUCAUUUUGAUGACUAUAAACUCUGUUUACUGCUAAACCAAGUAGCCUGCUAUGGUUGAAUUUAUUUUUUAUGUUACUUUUUUGUUAUUCCAGAAGUUAAUAAUGGUCUCAUUUUCUAGCAUCUGACUUGAUCUUACCAUAUUCUCCAGUAACUCUGGAAAGGAUCUCAUAAUUUUCAAUAUAAUAUCAGGUUAUUUCUUACCCCUGGAAUACUUCUGGAGCCAGCCCUCUGUCCUCCAACGUGGAAAGGUUUUCUGCCAAGCAUGUUGCUCAGCUAUCACCCAGGCAUUUCCUGUCCUUAUCCAGAGAAUCUACUUUGUCACUUCUGUAGCCUAGAUUCUUCGUUCUACUCGUUCUCGAUUUCCUCUUCUGCUGUGGUGGAGCAUAGAGUGUGUAGGAGGUACAUUUUUUGAGGCUCAACUAGUGUGUCUAAACCUAUAUUGGUUGCACUGAUAAUCUAGCAAGAUAAAGAAUUCAUUGUUGAAAAAUCAUUUCUCUCAAUUUUUCUUGAGAACUUCUUAAUUGUUUAUAAGGUCCUAGGGGGAAAAAAAUCCCUUUUUUUGAGUUCUGGAGGAUGAUUUUCUUUUAGAUGUAAAUGUUAUCUUAAAUGGCAAAAAUUCCAAAAUAAUACUCUUUCAGGUUGGCUUUAAAUGUUACUUUAAAAAUGUCUAAAGGGGGGCUUCCCUUGUGGCACAGAAUUGUGGUUAAGAAUCCGCCUGCCAAUGUAGGGGACACGGGUUCGAUCCCUGGUGAGGGAAGAUCCCACAUGCUGCGGAGCAACUAAGGCCAUGCGCCACGACUACUGAGCCUGCACUCUAGCGCUCGCGAGCAACACCUACUGAGCCCAUGUGCCACAACUACUGAAGCCGGCACACCUAGAGUCCAGGCUCCACAUGAGAGAAGCCACUGCAAUGAGAAGCCUGCACACCGCAAUGAAGAGUAGCCCCCCUCGCCGCAACUAGAGAAAGCCUGCGCACAGCAACGAAGACCCAAUGCAGCCAAAAAUAAAUAAAAUAAAUUUUUUAAAAAAUGUCUAAAGGGUUAAUUCAAUUAGGAAUUGAAUAAUCGAGCUUUUCUUUUUUGGCCCCCUCCCCAAUUGUUUUAAUCAUCCUUCAGGCCAAAAUUAAAGUCGCACUGUAAGUUUGAAGUAUAAAGUUGUCAGAUUGAUCAGUAGCUCCUGACUUUGAGCUGCCUGUGAUACCUUCAAAUAGUGGUUCUAAUCUGUAUCCUUAGAAUAUCAUGAUCAUGUAUGAAGUACUUCAUGAAUAAGUUCUUA